UUUCCCUUUAUUAGGAUGUGCUCUUACGUUUACAAUUUGGUGCCUUUACGUACUUUUACCUUUUGCUGCAUUAUUUACUUAUUUCUGUUUUUUUUGCUCCGCUUUACGUUUAUACGUCUAUGUGUUCUCUCAGUCUCUUAUUUUUGUUUACGUGUUUGUUUCACUUACCUUUUCUAAACUUUUUUUCAUAGAAAAAUUGUUGCCGUGAUCCGGGUUCGAACACCCGACCUCCCCCGCCGAAAGUGGCGCUUAUACCACUGGGCCACCAGGGCCCCAAGUACUGACCGUCUUUUUCAGAUAUUUUAACACAAACUUUUUAAAUAAAUCAUCAUUAAGAACUAUACAGGUGGUCGAUUGUUACAUUGUUUUCCCAAAAAUCACAGAAGAAAGCCUAAACUAUUUAUUAUUUUUGUUGACUACAGUAAAAGCUAAAAAAAGUAAAAUAAUAAAAACAUGGCUCAAAAUUCAAAUUAUGCGGCCCAUUAUUGGCAUAGCAACACCGAUCACAACAAACCCUAAUGGAGAACUACAAGCUGUUGGGUAAAGUGGGCAAAGGAGCCCACGGCCUAGUUUUCAAAGCCUUGGACUUGCAAAAUAAUAAAACAGUCGCUCUCAAGCAAAUAGCUGUAGUUAACGUCACUAAUGGAAUACCAAAAAACACCAUGCGUGAGAUUUGCGUUUUACGAGCCCUUCAGUCAAAACAUAUUGUUAAACUGGUGGACAUAUUCAACGUCGACAGUUCCAUUAUCAUAGCAAUGGAGUACUUGCAGAGGAGCUUAUCGGACGUUCUGAAAGACAUAGAACGGCCCUUAACCACCCCACAGAUUAAACUGUACACGAAAAUGAUCCUGAUGGGUGUGGAGACCAUGCAUUCGAACCGAAUCAUGCACCGGGACUUAAAACCCGCCAAUUUGCUCAUAGACGACCACGGCGUGUUAAAAAUCGCCGACUUCGGUCUGUCUCGAAUUUACAACAAGGAAAAAGACCGUCAAUAUACCCACCAAGUGGGGACGCGGUGGUACCGAGCCCCUGAACUUUUAUACGGCUCGCAAAAGUACACCCCAGCUGUGGACAUUUGGGCCGUUGGGUGCAUUCUAGCCGAAAUGAUCAACAAACAACCUUUAUUUCCCGGGGAGACGGACAUUGCCCAACUCGCCAUAGUCAUUGCAACUUUGGGGACCCCAAAUGAGGAAAUCUGGCCCGGACUGACAUCGCUUCCUGACUACAAUAAAAUCGCUUUUACACACAGCGAUGGCCAGACCUGGAAUUCCAAAUUUCCCGAUUGUGACGAAGCUACGGUUGAUUUGAUUCAACAGUUUUUGCAUUACGACCAAAGCAAACGGAUUGGGGCAAAAAAAGCCUUAAAUCACCGAUUUUUCUUCGUAAAGCCGCUCCCUUGUGAUCUGGACCAAAUGCCCAAACCUAGCGAAGUAAAGACUGAAACUUGUUGGCUUGCCAAAGAUUUUGAUGAUAUUGUAAACAUGAAUAAAGUUGUACACAUCUGAA